CACAGCACAAAUUUCGCCAAUACGCUCAUGCCUUACAGCACCAAAUUCCAACAGUGUGGCCAACGCAGCCAUCAAUCUCACUUAUCCACUUGUCUUGAUUAGAGAGCAACCCGUCGUCACAAUCAUAGAUAAUAACCUAUAUGAUCCGUUGGUAUUACCUAUGGUAUUGAUGGUGAUUUGUUUUUGUUGGUAUUGUCAGUUGGAUAUUUGUUCUACAGAGAUCUUGAAACUGUUAAGCCAUUGCUAUUUUAUAAAAAUGUUAUUUGUUUCUUGUCCAUUUCUAAAGGGCAAACCCCUGAGAAUUGACAGUUAUAGUGUGUCUGCGUAUGAAAUUAAGGGCAACGUACUUGCUGCUUGGGGUUUUGAUGAAAGUGACAUAUACUUAUUAUACAAUGGUAAACAAGUGUCAGACAGCACUAUUCUUACAAAUGGUGUUGUUCAUGCCAUCCCACGACUUGUUGGAGGUAAAGGAGGUUUUGGGUCUAUGUUGCGUGCUAUUGGAGCACAAAUUGAAAAGACAACAAACAGGGAGGCAUGUCGAGAUCUUAGUGGCAGGAGGCUGAGAGAUAUCAAUGAAGAGAAGAGGUUAAAGAAUUGGAUAGCGCAGCAAGCAGAACGAGAACAGGAGGCAAAGGAGCGUAAAAGAAGAAAGCUGGAAAGACUUCGAGAGGAACUGAAACACAACUUCCAUGAUCAGACUUAUGAAAAAGAACGCUCCGAACUGACAGAGAAAAUCAGUGAUGCUGUUGAACAAGGUUUCAGGGUUGCAACAGAGAAUAAUAGAGGUACAGAGUGUAGCAAGAAACGAAAAGCAACAGACACUGCAAUGGAAACAAUAAAGAAGAAGAAGAAGAAGGAGAAGGGAUGCUUAUGGUUGGAUGCUGAUGAGGAAGGCUUAAGCCUCUCAGAUGACAGUGAUGAUUCUGGUAGUGAUAUUCAGCCGGGAACUUCAGGCAAUGGAAGAGAAGUUAUGAUAAAUAAUAGGGUGACUUGUGAUGCUGUGGCUACUCUAGAUGAAUUCACUUCAAGUGAGAACUCUAAAGAUGGGGAAUCGAAGGAUGCGACAGAGGAUAGCUGUAAGAUCGCAGUAGAAGCAGCAAGAAAGGACUGGGACAUUGUAAUGGCUGCAAUGCUCAUAAUUACUAUUGACCCUGUGCAAAGAGAAGCCCAUAAAAUUACAUCUGCUGCAGAGAUAGUUGGUACACAUAUCUUGAGAUUUUACACUAAAGAUAGUUCAGAUGCACAAGGACAAUGGAAGAAGUCAGUUGCAUUGUUCCAGCCAGACAUCGCCGCGCGCGCCCCAGUGUGUAUGCAGCACUUAGCUGAGGGAGGCCGCUCUGAGAUGAAGUCCGAUGGCACCAUGAUAUGUAGUGUUGCCGUUUUGACGUGUACAGUCAUUUCUAACAUUCUGGCUGUAACUAACACUGUGGUUCCAUGGCAAAGGUCAGGUGCGGGAAAUUCAAAAUUUAGGACCGAAAGAUGGCCGGACGUUCAUGCAACACCCUUCACUUUUCAACCAGAAAUUCUCUCCAGACUGGAAUCAGAACCCUGCAGUUGCAUUGAAGCGACGCUUUGUCCUGAGUUCCUUGAAACGUUGGCCCGUUAUCCAGCACAGUCCGAGGAUUUAAGACGUGUCACUUGUGGAUUCAAAGGAUUCUGCCCCCUUGUGUGUUGUAACCAGCUGCCCAUAUACCGCCACGUAGAUACAAGUUACUUCCCAACAUCUGGGCCUUACCCUGAGGCAAAAUGCAACCAUGUAACUACAGUGGAGCCACGGAUAAACCUCAGUCCGACCCCUUACCACACACCAGGUGUGUAUUAUCACACAACAACUGCCAGGUAUUUGAAUUCUGCAACCAGACGCAAAACUGACGAAGAAACUGGACAACCAAAUAGUAAUAACGUGUUUUAUCAGGACACACGAUUGGGUAUGCAAGAUAAUAGUUUUGUGACACCAAGUACUUCAGUACAAGGUACUCCAAAUACUUCCACUAGACCAAAUUUCAUGUCCAGCAUACCAGCGACUCCAGAUUAUUUUGUAAAGACACAAGCUGAUCCAGCUUACAGUCAUGAAGGCAGCCAACAUUAUCCAAACAACUCCCCUGAACUGUAUCCGCAGUCUGGCCACCCCAUAUUUACACCAAAUUACCCGCACAGAUACGUACCUUCUGGUCACUGGGGCAGAAGAACGCCUUAUGAUUCAUAUGAAAGUGACCGACGUGGGUACAGUCCUGAAGAAAACUACUCAAGCCAUAACAACGGGAUGCAUUCAAACCACAAUCCGACUGUAACAGUCGAAGGCGGCUUUCAGCCCCAGAAAGACCCAUCGCUCUAUGCCACUAACGGCUAUUCGAAUCACCAACAGUCAUAUCCUGGUGUUAACCAUCCACCUACUCCAAAUUAUGGAUACGAUCCCAGAAAGCAUACUUUUAAUCCGUCUGAACCUCACACACAACCCUCUGUUGGAGCGCAUCAAGACGGGUUUGGAUUCAAACCUUAUCAACAUAAUCAUUUCAAUCAAGAUCAACAUUUUCAUGAAGAGAGCCACACAGUUCUGCCUCCGAGAUUUAGUCCCAGCGACACAAAAAAGACACCGCCAAGCCCUGAGAUGAAGAUCGUCCCAAGUGACAGUGACGCGGGUUCCGCCGGAAGACAGUGGAAACGUCGACUGUUACCAACUGAUGAAUGUGGCGUGUCACUAGGUGAGCGCAUCGUUGGUGGAAAAAAUGCAGUUCUUGGGGCAUACCCUUGGAUGUCCCGAAUUGGAUACAAACGUUCCGGCUCUGACACCUUCUUUUACCGGUGUGGAGGUUCCCUAAUCAACGAUCGGUACGUCAUCACUGCAGCGCACUGUGUUAUCAACCUUCCCGGCGGACUGCGACUGGCGUCUGUUCGCCUGGGAGAGUUGGACGAGAGGACAGACCCCGACUGCGACCAGUCUGAAUGCGCCGAUGAAGUUCAAGAUUUCAGCCCUACUGUCGUAAAAGUGCAUAAGGACUAUGACAGACCUAAAUUCAGAAACGAUUUGGCCCUUAUUCGCCUUGACAAACCCGUCAACAUCACACCAUACGUCAGCCCAAUAUGCUUGCCGUUCGAUUCUCUCAGGAACAAGACAUACACCGGUCUGAGGUCUUUUGUAGCAGGAUGGGGAGCUACAGACUUAGGAGUCGCCAGUUCGAGUCCCGUCUUGCAGUGGGCGACAGUGACUGUAGUGCCACCAGUCAGCUGCGCCAAGGUGUUCGCCGAACGGACGGGUACCCAACUUGGGCUGGGUCAAAUAUGCGCAGGGGGUGAGAAGGGGCGUGACUCCUGUGAAGGCGACAGCGGAGGGCCACUGAUGCGAGGCGAAGACGAAUUCCAGCGCUACUUUCUCUUGGGGGUAGUCUCAUUUGGGGCACGGCGUUGUGGCUCCGAGAAUCUGCCCGGCGUCUACACUGACAUACCCGCGUACCUGGACUGGAUACUUGACAACAUGGAGCCGUAGUGUUGUAAACAGUAACAAAUUAAAAAGUCCCGUUACGAAGACAGGACCGCUAGAACACAGAUUAAGAGUUCGAAUCCCGCUUGAGACCUGUCCGAAGGCCAAGGGUUAAAUUAAACAAACAAACAUGAUAUUUGCUUUUAACGUUACUAUACCAGUGUUGUCAGACUGUUCUCUCGAAAAGCUGUGAUUAUUGAAAUAAAUUGCAAAUGGCUUCUUGAAGCAGAGAAAUUUCGGCAUUUGACAUUGCACCAAGGGCCAUGUACUUUGUUUACAAUCGGCUGGGAUGAUCCCAACUUUGGAUUGAAACCUGAUAUCUCAAAUGUAGAACUGAGUCCGACAAAUUCAGGAAGGAUUCAAUUAUUGUACUGGUUCAAUAUGAAUAUUGUAGUUCCAAUUUAAAGAACUGUGUUGAAUGUAAUUGCACACGUUAAAUCAACGAAAAGAUUUCAAAUGAGAUCAUUCUAAUAUUUAUUAUAACUAUAUUAAGUUAUUUUAACUUAUGGCAAUACGAAUAUAAUACGUAGUUA